AUGCUGGGAAACCUAACAGUAGUGCCCAUCAAGGUUCCUCAGGUCAGCUCUCUACACCGGCUGUCUGGACAGACCUCCACUGUUCUACCUCAGGUUCAGCCAAAGAGUGUGAUCCCAGCCAGCCUCCUCCUCAGCCACAGCCCUGUGUCUCUCCCUAGGGAGCAGCCAGCCAGCCUCCUCCUCAGCCACAGCCCUGUGUCUCUCCCUAGGGAGCAGCCAGCCAGCCUCCUCCUCAGCCACAGCCCUGUGUCUCUCCCUAGGGAGCAGCCAGCCAGCCUCCUCCUCAGCCACAGCCCUGUGUCUCUCCCUAGGGAGCAGCCAGCCAGCCUCCUCCCCAGCCACAGCCCUGUGUCUCUCCCUAGGGAGCAGCCAGCCAGCCUCCUCCUCCACAGCCCUGUGUCUCUCCCUCAGGAGCAGCCAGCCAGCCAGAAACAGUCAACCUGUCAGGCCCUCAGUCUCCUCAACCUCCAGAGAGCUACCGCUGUAGUCAGCCCUAAGAGCCACGCCCACAGUUUUAACCACACCAACAGCUCUAGCCACACCCUCACCCAGAGCCACACCCUCGGCCCGGCCCUGCCUACAGCCAACAGCACGUUCAGCCCAGAACGUCUCUCCAUAGGCCAGGGAGACACAGCUACCUUCACAACCUCCUCACCCCCUCCCCUGGCCCAGACCCUGGUCUCUCCCCUGGCCCAGACACUGGCCUCUCCGCUGGCCCAGACACUGGCCUCUCCCCUGGCCCAGACCCUGGUCUCUCCCCUGGUCUCUCCCCUGGUCUCUCCCCUGGCCCAGACCCUGGUCUCUCCCCUGGCCCAGACCCAGUCUCUCUCCCUGGCCCAGACCCAGUCUCUCUCCUCGGCCCAGACCCAGUCUCUCUCCCUGGCCCAGACCCAGUCUCUCUCCCUGGCCCAGACCCAGUCUCUCUCACCAGCCCAGGCCCAGUCUCUCUCCCCGGCCCUAGCCUGGCCUGGAGGCAUCUCCCCCACCUCUACCAGCAGCAGCAGCCCAACAGCCAUCUCAGCCUCAGUUGCCCCCGGUGUGACCUUCUCCAUCAUCUCUGCCUCUCCGCCUACCGACACCGGGAACAACAGGGUGUGGACCAUCAGUGAGGCAGUCAAGGUCCAGCCACUGGUCUUCAACACUAAGUUGAAAAUAAUCCAGCCGGAGGCUGAGACCCCCAGCUCCUCCCAGGACUCCCCAGGAGGACCCCAGGGGGCCGACAGCCCCUCACAGGAGAUCCCCUCCAUCACCUCGACCACCAACCCCUCCACCUCUCCCUCCUCUACACCAGCCAAGAAGAAGAAGAAGGAUGAGGACUCAGAGAAAAUGUCCUUCAUGGUGGCUCUUGGCCUGGUCACUACAGAGACACUGGAAGAGAUCCAGACCAAGAGACAGGAGAGGAAGAGGCGGAGCACAGCCAACCCAGCCUACAGCGGCCUGGUCCAACCAGAGCGGAAACGCCUUGCAUCAAAUUACCUGAACGACCCACUCUUCCUGUCAGUGAGAGGAAGAGCUGGAAAGCUGAAUGACCACUGCUCUGUGUGUAAGGGGGACGGAGAGCUGCAGCUGUGCCACAACUGCCCCAGAGCCUACCACCCUGACUGCCUGCACCCUCCUCUCAAAACACCGCCCCGGGGGGUCUGGGUUUGCACCAAGUGUCAGAAGAAGGUUCUGAACAAAGAGAACAUGUCGUGGCCACAGAACUUUGUCCAGUCGUAUGUGACACACAAGACGGUGAGAGAGGGGGAGAAGAGGAGUCUGCUCAGGAGGAAUGUAGAGCUGAAGAAGGAGUGUGCUCACCUGGAGGAACAGGAUCAGCAACUCAGCAAGUCCCUCACGAAGGUGAUGGGCGUGCGGGAGCGUCUGAUUGGUCAACAGAGGGACACCCAGUCCUCCCUGGAGCGUCUCAAGGCUCUGAUUCGUCUGAUCCAAAGAGACCAGAUGAUCCAGGUUACCAUGACAGCCACCGCCACCACCACCGGAGUGUCCCUGCUCUCCCUGCCCUGGAUCAAACCCUCCGGUGCCGCCACACACACAGUGCCCCCUGCUGGACCGUCUAUGCUACUGCAGCAGAAGACUCUGGUCAUGCCACAGUCUCAGACACAGAGCCAGGCUCAGGGCAAUGUCUGAGCUCUAGUAGUACCACCCCAGCCCACCAGGGGGCCACAGUUCACAGUCCAAGGAUGCGCCACAAAUGGCACUCUAUUCCCUAUAUAGUGUAGAACAGACCCAUAGGGGAAGUUUCAAAUACAUGCCCAUUUGACAUCAGAGCCCUGGUCUAAAGUAGUACACUAUAUAGGGAAUAGGGCCCUGGUCUAAAGUAGUGCACUAUAUAGGGAAUAGGGCUCUGGUCUAUAGUAGUGCACUAUAUAGGGAAUAGGGCCCUGGUCUAAAGUAGUGCACUAUAUAGGGAAUAGGGCUCUGGUCUAAAGUAGUACACUAUAUAGGGAAUAGGGCUCUGGUCUAAAGUAGUGUACUAUAUAGGGAAUAGGGCUCUGGUCUAUAGUAGUGUACUAUAUAGGGAAUAGGGCCCUGGUCUAAAGUAGUGCACUAUAUAGGGAAUAGGGCUCUGGUCUAUAGUAGUGCACUAUAUAGGGAAUAGGGCCCUGGUCUAAAGUAGUGCACUAUAUAGGGAAUAGGGCUCUGGUCUAAAGUAGUGAACUAUAUAGGGAAUAGGGCCCUGGUCUAAAGUAGUGCACUAUAUAGGGAAUAGGGCUCUGGUCUAAAGUAGUGAACGAUAUAGGGAAUAGGGCUCUGGUCUACAGUAGUGCACUAUAUAGGGAAUAGGGUGCCAUUUGGGACUCAGACGAAGUAUCCAUGCCACGUGGCCACCUGUCACAGAGACAUUGAAGACAGCGCGGGUUUUUUUUAAGAAGAAGAAGAAGUAGAAGAAGAAGAAGAAGUAGAAGAAGAAGAAGAAGUAGUAGAAGAAGUCAGAGACUCCAUUGAAACCAUUGAAUAUCAGUGAACCGUUGAAGAGCUGGAAGGGGGAUGAACGAGAAACACACAAAAAAACACACAUCUUCCUUUUCACUAGAUUUCAUGAUAAGUAUUUUUUAAACCCAACACCUACAGUGCUUACGAGAUUUAUUUUAUUUAUAGUUAUUUUUAUUUUUUUGGGGUAUUUAUUAUUGUAAUUAUCAAUGUUUCUUGGCCUUAAUGUAUUUACUCUUGACUGUAUAGAAGCACAGAUCACAGUGCUGCAAAUUAAAUAGGUAUUUUCUGUGUGGCCGAAAAAUA